CCUGCCCCUGCCCCUCGGCCUCGAGCCCCCGGAGGAGAGUCUGGAGCCCGCGCCGUCGCCGUCGCCAGCCGCGUCCUCCUCCGGGCAUGGAAGGCGGCGGCAAGCCCAAGUCCGCGUCCAACAGCCGCGACGAUGGCAACAGCGUCUUCCCCUCCAAGGCGCCCGCGACGGGGCCGGCGGUGGCCGACAAGCGCCUGGGGACCCCGCCGGGGAGCGGCGCGGCGGGGAAGGAGCACGGCAACUCCGUGUGCUUCAAGGUGGACGGCGGAGGCGGCGAGGAGCCGGCCGGCAGCUUCGAGGAUUCGGAGGGACCCCGGCGGCAGUAUGGAUUCAUGCAGAGGCAGUUCACCUCCAUGCUGCAGCCCGGGGUCAACAAAUUUUCCCUCCGCAUGUUCGGCAGCCAGAAGGCGGUGGAGAAGGAGCAGGAAAGGGUUAAAACUGCAGGCUUCUGGAUUAUCCACCCGUACAGUGACUUCAGGUUUUAUUGGGAUUUAAUAAUGCUUAUAAUGAUGGUUGGAAAUUUGGUCAUCAUACCAGUUGGAAUCACAUUCUUUACAGAACAAACAACAACACCAUGGAUUAUUUUCAAUGUGGCAUCAGAUACCGUUUUCCUAUUGGACCUAAUCAUGAAUUUUAGGACUGGGACUGUCAAUGAAGACAGCUCUGAAAUCAUCCUGGACCCUAAAGUAAUCAAGAUGAAUUAUUUAAAAAGCUGGUUUGUGGUUGACUUCAUCUCAUCAAUCCCAGUGGAUUAUAUCUUUCUUAUUGUAGAGAAAGGAAUGGAUUCAGAAGUUUACAAGACAGCCAGAGCCCUUCGCAUUGUGAGAUUUACAAAAAUUCUCAGUCUCUUGCGUUUAUUACGCCUUUCAAGGUUAAUUAGAUACAUACAUCAGUGGGAAGAGAUAUUCCACAUGACGUACGACCUCGCUAGUGCCGUGGUGAGAAUCUUCAACCUCAUUGGCAUGAUGCUGCUCCUGUGUCAUUGGGACGGCUGUCUUCAGUUCCUGGUCCCCCUGCUUCAGGACUUCCCACCCGAUUGCUGGGUUUCCCUAAAUGAAAUGGUUAACGACUCUUGGGGAAAGCAAUAUUCCUACGCACUCUUCAAGGCGAUGAGUCACAUGCUGUGCAUUGGCUAUGGCGCCCAAGCGCCCGUCAGCAUGUCCGACCUCUGGAUUACCAUGCUCAGCAUGAUUGUCGGGGCCACCUGCUAUGCUAUGUUUGUUGGCCACGCCACAGCUCUGAUUCAGUCUUUGGACUCUUCACGGAGGCAGUAUCAAGAAAAGUAUAAGCAAGUGGAACAAUACAUGUCAUUCCAUAAGUUACCAGCUGACAUGCGCCAGAAGAUACAUGACUACUAUGAACACCGAUACCAAGGCAAGAUCUUUGAUGAAGAAAAUAUUCUCAAUGAACUUAAUGAUCCCCUGAGAGAGGAAAUAGUCAACUUCAACUGCCGGAAACUGGUGGCCACGAUGCCUCUUUUCGCUAACGCGGAUCCCAAUUUUGUGACGGCCAUGCUGAGCAAGCUGAGAUUUGAGGUGUUCCAGCCUGGAGACUACAUCAUUCGAGAAGGCGCCGUGGGGAAGAAAAUGUAUUUCAUCCAGCAUGGCGUUGCUGGUGUCAUCACCAAGUCCAGUAAAGAAAUGAAGCUGACAGAUGGCUCUUACUUUGGAGAAAUUUGCCUGCUGACCAAGGGCCGGCGCACUGCCAGUGUCCGAGCUGAUACAUACUGUCGUCUUUACUCCCUUUCGGUGGACAAUUUCAAUGAAGUCUUGGAGGAAUACCCAAUGAUGAGAAGAGCUUUUGAGACCGUUGCUAUUGACCGACUCGACCGGAUAGGCAAGAAAAACUCCAUUCUCCUCCAGAAGUUUCAGAAGGAUCUGAACACUGGUGUGUUCAACAAUCAGGAGAAUGAGAUCCUCAAGCAGAUUGUGAAGCACGACAGAGAGAUGGUUCAAGCGAUCCCUCCAAUCAACUACCCUCAAAUGACAGCCCUGAAUUGCACAUCAUCGACCACCACCCCAACCUCCCGCAUGAGGACACAAUCUCCGCCAGUCUAUACGGCGACCAGCUUGUCUCACAGCAACCUCCACUCGCCCAGCCCCAGCACACAGACCCCCCAACCCUCAGCCAUCCUCUCACCCUGCUCCUAUACCACAGCAGUCUGCAGUCCUCCUGUACAGAGCCCCCUGGCCACACGAACUUUCCACUAUGCCUCUCCCACUGCGUCGCAGCUGUCACUCAUGCAGCAGCCACCGCAGUCCCAGGCACCCCAGACUCAGCAACAGCAGCAGCAGCAGCAACAGCAACAACAACAGCAGCAGCAACAGCAGCAACAGCAACAACAGCCACAGACACCUGGUAGCUCCACCCCGAAAAAUGAAGUGCACAAGAGCGCGCAAGCUCUUCAUAACACCAACCUGACCAGAGAAGUCAGGCCCCUCUCGGCUUCGCAGCCCUCGCUGCCCCACGAGGUGCCCGCUAUGAUCUCCAGACCUCAUCCCACUGUGGGCGAGUCACUGGCCUCCAUCCCUCAACCCGUGGCAGCUGUCCACAGCGCGGGCCUUCAGGCGGGGGGCAGGAGCACCGUGCCACAGCGUGUCACCUUGUUCCGACAGAUGUCCUCGGGAGCCAUCCCCCCCAACCGAGGAGUGCCUCCAGCACCCCCACCACCAGCAGCUGUACAGAGAGAAUCUCCCUCAGUCUUAAACACAGACCCAGAUGCAGAAAAACCGCGUUUUGCUUCAAAUUUAUGAUCCUUGCUGAUUGUCAAAGCAGAAAAGAAAUACUCUAAUAAACAGAAUAUUCUCAGAUAUUAUUUUAAUCUAUCUGGUGAUAGAUCCCUAUAGCCUACCCUGAAAAGAUAUUUUAGACAGCUCUGGCCUACAUGCAAAUGUAAAAACAUAUAUACAUAUAUAAUUAAAUAAAUAUACAUAUCUCUAUAUAUAAAUGCCCAGGAGAAGUUCAAAAGACUUGUAUAGCAUUCAGUGUUACAUGUCUUCCUUUCUUUAAAACCAUUAAAGGAUUUAACACAUUGUUGUAAGAUCAUUGAUUUCUAACCCACUUCUACUUAAUUCCUUUGAUAUAUGUAUUUCUCUCUUUUAUGAAGAGUCCUUGGGGGGGUCAAUGGUAUCAACACUCAGAUUUUAAAAAGGCAACUCCAAUUAGUUCCAGAAGAGCACCAAUCAAAGCUUUCCUUCAUUUAGCUGUGCCUCUGUAUCUAGAUUGCUAAUUAUGUGGAAUGAAAUAACCCAAUCCCAGUUUAUAGCUCUAAAUUGUAUUUUGGUGCUUUAAAUUUUGAGUUAGGUGAAGGAACACAUUACAUGCCCAUCCACCAUAGGAGACUAACAUCGCCACUGCUAGGGCUUUCUCUAACCUCAAGCAUGUUCAUUGAUUUGGCAGGAAGGUGAGGAGAUAUUUGUCUUCGUGUGUUGUUGGACUUCUAUCGAGACUCUGUCGAUGUUAGUUGUAAAUAACUUUUCCAGCCCAAAUAAAAGUAACUCUUCUGUGUUGUAUAAAGGUAAAAGUCACUGUUUAAGAAUUCAGUUUUAUGGCUUCACUUCAAAAGUUAAGAGUUUUAAAAUUUCACAAAAUCUAAUAAUUGUGACAAUUGUUCAACUGUAAUGCAAUGGCUUCAGACCUACAAUAUUAUUUUAACCUGCAAUAUUUUAUGCAAAAUUGUAUGCUUGAAUCUACAAAUUGCUUGUAUUACACCAAAAAUUAUUACUUUUCUUCCUUAUUGACAUAAUCAAGCAUCUGAAACUAGUCCUGGCAUGCUUUUUGGGGCAAAAAAAAAAAAAAAAGUAGAUUCUAAUCAGUCAUUGUAAGAAAAGGCUUACAGUAUUUCUCACUUCUAGAAGAUAUAACAAUUCAUUUAUUGUCUCUUUUAAAAUUCUUAAAAGGGUGACUUGGAUCUCUGACUAAAAUCUAGAAGUGAGGUUUUCACUUUAAUUUAAUAUUAUCGCUGUUAUUAUCAUUUAAACAGUUAUUUGCAAACCACAGCUUGGUUUGGAGUUAAAUGUGUUCUGUGUCUUCAUGUUAGUUGGUAGUUUAUUGUGAUGUUAAUGUGAAGAAAUAAAUAUAAUAAUCAUCACAUCUGUUUGGAAAUGCACAUUUGCCCUAUGUAUAUUGUAGCUAAGCAGUUAGUAAAUCUUAAGGCAUGUGGUAACCAACAUAGUCCUUAGAUAGACCGGAGGUUUGCUCUUUUAAAUGUGCUGAAAGUAGGGUGGACGUGGUGACAGGAAGCAGGGGUGAAGUUGAGCUGUCUGUAAGCAUUGUUUGUUUGUUCCUUUGUUUCCUUAAUUCUUUCUGUGAGCAUCAGCCUCUUAGAGAUCAUGUGUGCUUACUGCAUCCCACACGUGUGGUUGGAUGAAACACAAUGGGAAGAUUCCUCAUGUUUGACUUCUGUAAAUAACUCAAGAGAGUGACCUGACGUGGAAGUCUUUAGUAGCAUGAGCAUGGACGAUCCACUUAAGAACUUAAAGACCACACAUUCUGUUGGGACAGGGCCUCUAGAUAGACUUGAGGACAGAAAACAAAAGCAGAAGCAGAAGCAAAGUGAAUCCAUGCUGCCUGUUAUGCCUUUUAUGGAUCUAACACCUAUGAAACCAAAAAGAAUUGCUAUGCUUAAUUGCUAACAGAUCCUAAUUUGUGUGGAAGCAAUCAACAAUGCUAGGCAAUAUGAUGUUAUUUAUUACUGACAUGCUGGUGACUAACGACAGCCUGUUGGGAAUGGUAUAAGAGAGAGCUCAUUCGGCCUACCUAGAAGCUAUGAGAAAGUGGCAAGACCAUUUACAUAUCAGUACGAAACUCUUUAAUUUUUUAUUAAAAUAUAAAAAUUAGCUUCAAUUUAUUAAGAUCAUGCACUAGUCCUUUACAUUAUUAAAGGUUUACAUUUGACAGGAUUAAUGGUUUGGUAGUAAAAUAUUUUUUUAUAUAUAAAAUUUUUCGAGCACUAUUGGGAAACAUCAGCAAAAUUGAAUUGCAUGAUCAUUCAGUGCAACCAUAACAUUUUUAUUCACUUUGUACUAGAAUGGACAAAGAACCCUAAGGUUUAUAUGUUAAACUAACAAAAUGGUACAGGGUAAAUUAUAUACACAUAUGUAUGAAUGUACAUAUAUAUAUUUAGAUUAAGGAGGAAAGUGACUCACAUUACUGUAAUAUAAAGGUACAGUGCUAGGUGAACAUGACCUUUUUUUCUCUGUACAUAGUUAAGCUCAAGGUUGGAGUUUUAAUCUGUACAGAAAGAACUGUAUUAUUGAUCUUUUGCUGCUGAGAAGAUAAGAAUAUAGCUGAUCCUUGCCACUGUACAACCAGGGAAGAGUUAGAGUAUGUCUUUUGUCUUUGCUCAAAGCCAUACAUAUAAAUAUAUAUAAAGAUUAUUAAUAAAUCCAACAAAAAUAAACUAAAAUUAUGAAUAUUUUAUUUUAUUGUUGAACUCUGAUCCAAUGUUUUGCUUUGUUGAUGACUAUAGAUUUGCUUGUUUGUCUGUCUUUGUAUAAUUUCCAAAAAAAAUUUAUUCUUGAAAAUCACCAUACAGUUCUUAGAGAUAUUCUAUAAAUACAGAAUGAAAAUAAUUUAAAUAGAACAUGGAUUUCCCAGUCAUCCCUUUGUUUUACCUUUCCCAUACAGUAAAAAUUUGUUUAUUUUAUUCUUUACUCUAUGCCUCUUUAAUACUUGGUGUUUGUCCAGUUUCACAUCACAGCCACGUUUAUGUCAUUGAAUAUGAGGAUGAUUUUUAACCUAUGCACAUUGUCCUGUUGCCUUUGGGAUUUUCAAAUGCCUCCGAUGAGGUUGAUCACAAUGAGGAUAAAUAGCGAAGCAAUCUUAAACACAAUGAGGAUAAAAUAGUGUUCUGCCAUUUACUGUCAUCCUGUAACACACAUCCUGCCUCCAGGUCUCCGUGACCUCUCCAUAAGGGAAUGAUUACCAAGUGAAUGCCAUUCCACUUUUAAAAGCUGCUUAUUCUACCAUUAAUUUACAGAAUUAAAUGAAAAACAUGGUAUUUUCAGGACACUGCAAAGGAAACAAUUGAGUUAUUCUAAUAAUUCCCAAAGGACAUGAACAAUUUACGCAAUAUGAUGAGUUUAAACUUUUAGACAUAUUAUAUUAAAGCUAUAAUUACUUACUUUUCAAAGUACAAAUCAUUUCUAAUAGUCUGUCAGGGUUUUGUGUAAAAAUAUCUCCAUUGAUUCUUAAUUGACUUACAGUUUUUAUUUUAUAAUUUUGCUCUAAUUGCUCUUUUGGACCUUCCUUUCCUUAUUUUUAUAAUAUUAAACUGCAUGACCCAGGUGUCUCUCACUUCUGUCUCCAGCACUCUGGAGUAUGUGUCAGACAACGCAAGUGUGGGGUAAGUUGUUGUCACUGUGGUUAUUAUUCACAUUCACUAACCCUAACAAAGAUUUACCAUAUGUUAGGCCAGUCCACCUAAGAGCAUAUCAGUCUGUGCCAUGAGAAAAAUGUAUUCCUAGAAUAUAAUCAGGUACUGAGCUACACUGAAGCCUGAGUAGUCAAAAAUUUGUCAUGAAAUAAUGCUUUUGGAUAUGUGGACCAAAUUAUUCCUCAGUUCUUUUAACUUUGUUCAAAAUAUUUCCCAAAAUAUUUUCAAAAUCAUGUUGGAGAUUUUUCUUUCAAAGAUUUUUUUUUAUUGAUUUUAUGGUUAUUUAUACUUGCUAUGGUCACUUGAGAAUAGUGACUUUCUAAAGCAACUUAAUUUCAAUUUUAACAACACAUUUGUAUGAUGGCAUGUUUUUUUUAAAGGCAAAUGAUUGAGCUGAUCAUAAAGGGCAACAUUAUUCUUAAAAGAAAUGCAUGAACUAUUAAAAAAAAAGUUGCCUAACUUCAGGAAAGAUUCAGAUUCACACCAAGCCAGUCUUUCACCUUUCAAUUUGAAGUGUUAAGUAACGGCCAUAUUGUGUAUUGCUUUCCUUCACUGGGGCCAUUGACAUCUUCAUGGAUGGGUCAUUUUGGCCUUGGUCACAUUCUUAGCUUAAAGGUGUAAGAAGCAUAAACUUUCCCAUGUAGGAACAACUAUCCUGGUGGAGUGAAAAAGCUACCACCACAAAAGAUCCCUCAUUGGACUCAAAGGACAUGUCUGUGAUUUUUGAAUACCUGAUUGCUUUACACUUUGGGUAAUUCUCACAGUGAAAUGCUUUUUCUACCUUUGCUUCAUACUGAAACAAUCUCUCUCUGACAUGAGGUGAUGAGGAAUGGAGAUAAUUUUCCAAGCAAAUCUGGAAUAAUGGUGAUGUGAGUGACAUACUUGUUCCAUGUAUAAUUUUUGAUGUCCCAGAUAACAAAAAAAAAGACAAAUGAUGUUUUUAUAAAAUUAAAAUUAAUGUGACAAUCACGACCUAAGACAGGACCCGACCCCACUCUUACAUGACCAUGCCUCUCUUAUCUCACCAUAAUCCUACCCCUGUUUCCUCAGCCAAGGGUGGUUGAGUAGGGACAAUGAAAACUUGAUUGUGUUGAAAGAAGCCUUGCCAACACUUGUCCCUUCAUGAGACUUGUUUAAAGACAAUAUCAAAAUAAAAUGUAUACAAGUCUAUGAAUUUAUUUUUAAGAUACUUGGUGUAGAGAGAAUGGCAAUAGAAAGAAUAUAUUCUGAAGAAAGCAUCUUCAUGUAAUGAUAAACGAAACUUGCUUCUAAAAUGUGAAUGUUUAACAAAACACUGGUCGUUGGCAAUAGUCAUAUCUCGCUGAAGCUUGAGUGUGUCAUAGAUUAGAGAAAACAAAUUUGAAAUGGUAAAGUUGGAUUUAAAUCCUUUUAAAAAGCCAUUUUUAUUAUCAGGCCAAAGGUUUUAUAAUUUUAUACUUUAAUCUUAAUUUUUGCAGAGAAAUCAAAGGGUACGUGGUGAAAUGUGUGUUUUGCUAAUGUGAAAAGAAAUAAAAUUUAAUUUGUGACAGAGCAAGAACUAAGGGUAUUUGUUACCUCACACUACUUGUGAGGCUGCUGGGCCUGAAGGAAGACCUGUGUUUGCCAAAGAGUGGGAAUAAGUUCGGGAAACCAAAAAUUCACCAGAUUUGCAUAUCAAAACAGUACAGGGUGAAUGAAGGGUGAGGGCAUGAAGAACCAUGAAAACGAGUUAGACUAUAGAACAGGGAAAUGUUUGGGAUUCAAAUAAGUUAGUUUUCCCAGAACUGACUGGUGGUACUGUGUUCCACAAACUGAGAAAUAUAGACAUUCUUUCGAGAUAUUUUAUUCCUAGUGUAGCAUAAAUCACCAUUCAACUAAAUGAGAACUAGCUCUUUAUUAUCCUGUAAUUUCAAUUAUAUUUUAAUAUUUGAAUAGACAGUGCUAUUGACUCAGUGGGCACAACUGCAAAAAUCAGUGUACACAGUAAUUCUCCAAAAAUAAGGACCAUUUAUCUACUUUUAGAUUUAUUAGAAUGACUUAGAGUUACUUAUAUUUCUUAAGCAGAAAUAACAGACUUUUGCCAAAACAGAUGUUAAAUUUUAUCAGAUUAAGCAUAGGGAAGAAAAUUCAGAUUUGUAGAGGCAAACAUAUUUUCUAAAAUCAUAUUUUAGUUUCCAUUUAAAUUGGCAAACCAUUCAGAAACGGGAGACACAAUUUUGAAGGAAGUAAUCAUAUAACUCUUUUGAGAGUCAAAAAUCAAUUUACCCAAUGUAUGGUGUCAUUUUAUUUUGGUUAUUUAUGUGGUGAAGGCCUUUGUUUCUCAGUAUUUAAAAAUAAAAAUUGCUUGCCUGACUUAUUUAAGAUUUACUGCCAAGGGCUUACACAAAAUUCUGUUGACAGCAAGCAGUUCUGAAUGCCUGGAAGUAUGAUAUGCUGAUAUUUAGCAUGAAGUAUUGAAUUUGAGUAAUAUUAAACAGCAUUUCAUAAACAAAAUAGUUGCAUAGACAAAGUAGCAUAUGUCUUAAUAUAUCUCUAUUACAAAGAUCCAAAGAAUAUUAACCAUAUUCGGCCACAGACAAAAGUAUGAAAAGGUGAAAGUGAUAGUGUUCCUCAGAGUAAUCAUCAUAAAACACUGGACACAUCCCCGCACAACAUAAUAAAUCAAAACCUUUUUUGACCUCCCAAUCAAGAGCAGCCUUCAGGGUCAGUGCCAAGUUAAUAUAAAUAUUCAAAAUAAUAAUUUAUCUCUUCUUGGCAACAGCAAUCUCAUUUUGUGAGUUAGCCAAAAUUAAUCUCAAGCCAUAGUUUCUCAAUCUGAUAGAUGAUCAGGUUAGCACCACUGUUUAUGAUAAAAAGCAAAUUGUGGUUCAUUUUGUGUGUAGAUCAUAACUAUCCCUGAAGGUCUAGAGAUGAUCUGAAAGCAUUGACACAUGAACAUGCAGUUUCACAGAGUCUGCCUAUGCAG